AUGGCAGUGAAUAUAGAGUUUGCAAACUUCUCAGAUGUAAGAGAAGGUUUUGACAAUAUUGAUGCUAUUGUUGAUAGAGAUAAAAUGGAUCCUAAAACACAGUGGUUGGUUUAUGGUGCUCGAGCUCCAUUACUUCAAAAGGUUGCGCUUAAGUUACUUCCGCAACCCUCUGAUAUUGAUGUUCCUCUGUGUCAGUUGAACCUUAGUCAUAAGAUGUAUGUUCCAGAUAUUUCUCUCCAUAAUAUUCCACAUGUUAAUAAGUAUGAUCUAGCUACUGAUGGAAACAUGAUUGUUGUCCCACUCAUGUAUGGGCCUAUGAGAAAUCAUCUCAGUCAAAAGUAUUUUGGUGAAGAGACCCAAGAAUCCAAUAUGGAAAAUCAAAAUAUUGAUAAAUAUGUGCCAAACAUCUUGUCCGAUAUGUUGGAGAGGGAGUAUCAAAUUCAUAAGGAGAAUGAUGGUGAGAUCAAUGAGAAUAAUUUUGUGAGUGACGAUGUUCAUGAAGAUGUUGAAGGUGAUACUCGUGUAACCCAUGUUGGUGUUGUUAAUAACCAUGAUGAGAAAAGAAAUUUUGCAUCAAAAGGAAAGCAGGAUCAUAUUGUAGAAGAUGUGGAGAAAAAUAUUGAGACAUUGUGUGAAGAUGUGUUGUUGCUGACAAAUCAGGAAACACUAUGCUAUCUGCUGAAGAAGAUGGAAGUUUUUAUGAUGCUGAAACUUUUAAUCAUAUUGCCCAUCUUGGAGCCAUCAGAUUGA